GAUGUUUCUCUAUCUUUCAUCUUCUUGUUUGCACUUCAAAAGUGGGUGAGAGACGUCCGUCCAGGUAGAGAAGGAAAAAUGGCUGCUUGUUCUUCCUCUUUCACAUUCUGUAACCGCACCACCACAUUUCACUCUCCUGUCCCUCAGAGAAAGACCCUUGUGACCAAAACCCAAUUCUCAGUUCCCACCAAAUCAUCAGAAUCUAACUUCUUUGGCUCCAGACUCUCCCACUCCUCUUAUCUCUCUCCACUCUCUUCAUCUUCUCUCAAAUGCUCAAUCUUUGCCAAGCAGGUUAACAAGGGACAGGCUGCACCAGACUUCACGUUAAAGGAUCAGAACGGAAAGCCAGUGAGCCUCAAAAAGUAUAAAGGGAAGCCUGUUGUUCUCUACUUCUACCCUGCAGAUGAAACCCCUGGCUGCACCAAACAGGCUUGUGCGUUCAGAGACUCUUAUGAGAAAUUCAAGAAGGCCGGCGCAGAGGUCAUUGGCAUAAGUGGUGAUGACUCUGCAUCUCACAAGGCGUUUGCGAGCAAAUACAAACUACCAUACACAUUGUUGAGCGACGAAGGAAAUAAGGUGAGAAAAGAUUGGGGCGUGCCUGGGGAUCUGUUUGGAGCAUUGCCAGGGAGACAGACUUACGUUCUUGACAAAAACGGUGUUGUUCAGCUCAUCUACAACAACCAGUUCCAGCCUGAGAAACACAUCGACGAGACCUUGAAGUUCCUCAAAGCUGCUUGAUCAUUCUCUCUACCUCUUCUUCUUCUUCUUCUUCUUCUUUCAUGAAUCUCUCAUGUCUGGCUCCAUGACCUUCCUAUAUUGUUUCUGUUGAUUAUAAUUUUUUAAUAAUACAAAGUAAAAUGAGUUGUUUAUGGUCUGGUACAAAGAUCACAACCGGAGAAGGAUUCAAGAGUUCAUGGUCAGAGUUUGUUGGUUAUGACUUGUUGAGGUCUGCCUUUGUGGCUAUGUGUAUAUUUGAGUCUCUUGUUCUCAUUGUGUACGCAUCUACUCUCUCUAUCUCUCUCUCUUGUUUCCUUUAACACUCCGCUGUAGUGAAUUAUUUUGUAACUUGAUAAGAACUCAA